UAGUAGACGUUUGUGUGUGUGUGUGUAGAUGCUGCUUUCAGCUUGUUGCUCUGAAGCAAAACAAAGUGGUCUGCAGAUCAUCUCGUCUCCUGGCUCUGAGUCUGUGAGGUGUCAUCAGUAGCAGUAGAAAAGAGCACUCAGCCAUGGCUGUGCGCAUCAUACGUGGAAUGGAGGACCUGGUGGCAUCGAGCAGCCAGCUCGUCUGGGGCCUGGCGCAUCAGACCUUGAGGAGGUGGUACAACCGCGGGCUGAUGCCAUGCAGACGCUUCCUAGAAACCUGGUUCAGGAUUGGGAAAUGCUACCAGAUGACCGAAGGACGUCUUUGCCAGGUUCAACUCCUUGACGACAGGAAUCUGGAGCUGCUGGUGCAGCCCAAGCUGUUGUCCCGAGAGCUGUUAGAUCUGGUGUCGUCGCACUUUAACCUGAAGGAGAAAGAAUAUUUUGGAUUGUGCUUCAUAGAUGAUACUGGCCAGAAUAACUGGCUCCAGCUGGAUCGUAAAGUCCUUGAUCAUGACUUCUCCAAGACUUCAGGGCCUUUGGAGCUCAGGUUUCUCGUGAGGUUUUACAUCGAGAAGAUCACCUUCUUGAAAGAGAACACCACAGUGGAGCUCUUCUUCCUGAACGCAAAAUCUUUAGUGUUUAACGAGACCAUCGAGGUGGAGAGUGGGAAUGUUUUCAAGUUAGCCGCAUUCGCAUUGCAGGAGGCUAAAGGAGGUUUCACCAGUGCUGAUACUGCCAGAUCAGACCUGAAGCAGCUCCCAGUUCUGCCAACAAGAGUUUUAAGGGAGCACCCAUCUCUCAAUUUUUGUGAGGACAAAGUGAUUGAACAUUACAGGAAAUUGAAGGGACUGACCAGAGGACAAGCAGUUGUGCAGUAUCUUGCCCUGGUGGAGUCCUUGCCGACAUACGGAGUCCAUUAUUACCCAGUGAAGGAUAAGCAAGGACUACCGUGGUGGCUGGGAGUCAGCUACAAAGGCAUUGGCCAGUACGAUUUGCAGGAUAAGCUGAAACCGAGAAAGUUGUUUCAGUGGAAGCAGUUGGAGAAUUUGUAUUUCCGCGAGAAGAAAUUUGCAGUGGAAGUGAACGACCCGCACAGAAGAACAGUGACCAAGCGAACCUUUGGACAGACUGGUCUGGUUAUUCACACAUGGUAUGCCAGCCACUCUCUGAUUAAAACCAUCUGGGUGAUGGCCAUCAGUCAGCACCAGUUCUACCUGGAUAGAAAGCAAAGCAAAUCGAAAAUGACCACAACCAGGAGUUCAGGGGACAUCGCUGUUGACCUCACAGAGAUCUGCGCCCCCCGGAUCACUAAACUCUCCAGCAUCGAGAGCAAAGACCAGCUCAUCAUGGCCAGCAGUGGGAGCCUCAUCUCAGCCGGUUCUGCUGAUUCUGAAGUCAGUGAGGAGCAGAAGAAAGAGAAGAUUGCAGAGUUAAAGAAGAAAGAAAAAGACCUUCAAGACAAGCUGACGAAGAAAGUUGAAGAACUGAAAAAAAUCUGCAUGAGAGAAGCAGAGCUUACAGGCAGAUUACCUAAAGAGUAUCCCCUGGCCACGGGUGAGAAGGGUCCCCAAGUCCGUCGGCGUGUUGGAACAGCCUUCAAGCUGGAUGACCUCUUCCCCUAUGAUGAGGACCCACAUUUGAGGAAUCUGGAGAGCAUGUUUGCGCUACAGCAGAAGAUUGUAGAAGCAGCCAUCAAGUUAGCCAGUGAGGGCGACCUCUGCAAGACAGCUAGAAAGAAGAGGAGAAAUAACUUCUUGGACGCAAGGCGGAAGUUGGAGAAUAUCGAACGGGACAUCAAUGCCUACAGGAUCAAGAAAGGAAAGAAGCCCACCCAGAGAGCUUCACUGAUUUUAGCAGAUGAUGUCAACCCUUCAGACCUCAGUUCUCUAUCUGACAGCCUUACUCUGGAUGAUGAUGAUGAGUUUACUUCCCAGAGGCAGCGGUCCAGAUCAGUGCAGUAUUCUCCAAGACUGCACCAUGCAGAAACCCUGGACCUCCACUACAACAAAGAGAGACGUGUUUCUGCCAACGAGCAGCACGCAGAAAACAGAUUAAUUUAUGGACAAGUCCAGGAAUCGCUCCAUUACAGUCACCGUGAUGCCUUAUCAAGCCACAGCAGCCCUUUUAAACCGGCUUCCAGACAGCCACGGGAUGCCCGCAGCAUGCCCCCUACCCCUCUCCUCACCCGCAAUGCCUACAGCAGCACCCAGCUAAGGACAGAGGAUGCUCCACAACAUUUCCGCCAGCGUAGCGGGAGUCUGGAGUCCCAGUCUCAGUUCCAGACAGAAACUGAACCUCCCGUGCCAACGGUCACCUUCUCCCCACCCCGACGCAGCAACAGCACAGAGGUCCUCGAUGACGGCUCCUCCUACACAAGCCAGUCCAGUGUGGAGUACAGCGUUCCUGGUAACCACACGCACAGACGCAGAGCCCGCGGUCGCCACAGAAAAGACAUGUACGCCAACACAGGCAGCAUGCCCAACCUGGCUCAGCCAGACACCCGCUGCUAUGCAUACCAGCCCCGGGCCCGACCCACCACAACAGCUUAUUACGUCACAGGUUACCCCAGCUACGCCGACCCAGAACCUUACUCCAACGGACUCUACAUGUAUGACAACGAGAUGGAGGGACACUAUAAUGUCAACCCCUCCUACAAUCCCGCCCCGACAGAUUAUCAUGACAUGCACAGUCACUACGGUAACGACGAGAUAGACGGCAUGUCGCAGCACCCAUAUGCCACGCUGCGGCCACCAAGAAACCGUCAGGUGGCCCACAGCAACGAGCAUGUCAGCAAGAACAUCCAAAAAGCCUUGGUGGCUGAGCACCUGAGAGGCUGGUACCAUCGCAACGCCGCACACAAACAACCUACAUACUACGACUACGACAGAGGCUCCCAGCAGAGCCUGGGCUAUCAGACCAUGCCUGCACCCUACAGCCACAACAACAGAAACAUGUUCUCAUCAGCGUCCUCAGCAUCCUCCACUGGAAACUGGCACAGCCAAAUGAGUGGUGGCAUGUUGGAAUACGACAUGCCAAUGCAUGCGCCGCCGCCCUCCUACUCUUACAGCACAGCCCCAUACACCCACUCUGCCCACAGCAGAUCCUACAUAGAUGUCAGCAGCCAAAUGCACACGAACAUGGACCCGGACGACCAGAUUCACUGGCACGAGGACUCAAAACCGGGAACAAUAGUGUAGUUGCCUCACUUGUCGUCGCGCUGUACGAAUCUCUCACCUUGACACGUUGUCAUUGUGCCUUAGACUGCACUUACCCACGUUUCUGUAAAUGGGAUCCAAAGAAUGAAGGAACUUGUUUGUCACAAACACAGUUGCCAAACCGACCCACAUCCUUGUGUUUUAAAUCAUAACAAAACCCAAGAGGGAGCGUCUACGUGUGUGGAAUUGCGAGUGUUUGUGGUGAUGGCAGUUGUGCACUGAAACUUUACCAGGACCUGCUGUGGACUGAAACUCUCCAGUGUUUCUCUGAGGAGAUGCCGACUUCACUAACCAAGGACUAAGAAUGUCUCUGGAAGAGGAUACUGAGCCGUUAUGAACAAGGAGAAAAGACUACUGCUCUGCUAAUGUUCUCCUAUUUACACACACAUGUUACUAUGAAGGAUCACACAAGGAUUGAUGUGGACAUCAUCAAAAUGAAGGAUUGAGCUCAUUGAAAAUGAGUCAGAAGAGUGGGCUACUUCCUGGAACGAUGUACAGCCACCAGAUCCAGUUUUAUCAAACAGCGUUGUUUCAAACUACCACUGUGCUUCCUGUCCUUCUGUUAGUCAUUUACUGAGUAUUUAGUACAUCUCAGUGUCAGUACUUAACAAUACAAUUGAGCCAAGUACUUCUACUGCGUCACACCACUUGAGUAUUACUCGAAGUCAUCAACUUUAAUAUUACUGCCACAUCUGAUCAGUCACUGCAAGAAGACAGUUCAGUUUUGUUUAUAUUAUCUUUUUUAUUUUUUUUUAUUCUAACAUGAUAUUUCAUCCAUGCUGGAAAUCAUGGACUGGUGCUCCCAAUUUCUCUCAGAGAAUGAAGCUGUAUGUAAAUGUUGGUAUUGUAAAUACACUGGUUUUGUCUUUUUUUCCCUUCUUUUUUAGACAUUUUUAUGUAUUUGAAAAGCAUGUAAUAUAUAGUAAACAACUGUUGUUAAGCUGGUUCUUAGUCAUUUGUAUA